CAGCCACUGCUCCUAACCUCUGCUUUGAGGGGAGGGGGGAAAACAGGAAAUGGGAUUGGACAUAAAUAUACAGUAUUUUGUUACAACUUUUGUUAAUGACCUGGCUUCACCCCAGCCUGACACUAGUCUAACCUGGACCCUGGUGCUGCAGGUGACGGACCGGUACCGACUGACGGGGGACGUCCUGGACGGCCAGAUGGACCUGGACAUCCUGAACGUGAGGCGGACAGACAGCGGGCCGUACUGCUGCAGGGUGGACAUCGACGGGAUCUUUAACGACAAGAAGGUCAUCAUGAAUCUGAGAGUGGUCAAAGCUCUGGUCACCAGUUCUCCUUCUCCAACGACGACCACAACCACACAGCGAAUCAUGGACCCGUUAGCCUCCACAGGUGAUACGACGUUCAGCCUCAUCUCCACCUGCUGGUUGAUCAGAAAGGUCAAACACUAUCAUUACCACUGAAACACAACGAUGAGUUAAUGAAAAUAAUUCUGUACCACAGUGAAAGAAAACAGUUAACAUUUACAUUAAACUCAAAUGUAACUAACAGGAGGCAGGAGCACAAGCAAAAUACUGCCAAAAUAAAUUAACUAUAGUGCAGAAUUUAAAGUGCAGCUCUGAACUGAAGGGACCAGACCGCAAUGAGUCUUUGAAG